UAAACAGCAGACCAGAGCAAAUUGAAAUACGACACAUCAGUGACUCUCACUCACUUAUAGCAGUUGUGACCCACAUAACUCAAUCCAGCAGAUUUGUGAAUUCCAGGGAGUGGUGGACACAGUGUGGAAAAAAGAACAAUUAUGCCUGUCAACUACAGUGGGACCUGGGAUAUGGAUACUAAUGAAAAUUUGGAAGGCUAUAUGGUCGCCCUCGGAAUCGACUUUGCUACACGCAAGAUAGCGAGAAUGUUGAAGCCACAGAAAGUGAUUGAACAAGAUGGAGACAAUUUCAUCAUCAAGACCAUCAGUACUUUCAGAAAUUAUUCCUGUUCCUUCACCAUUGGCCAGGAGUUUGAGGAGAUAACAAAAGGCCUAGACAACAGGAAAUGUCAGACCGUGGUGAACUGGGACAACGACAAGCUUGUGUGUGUUCAGAAAGGAGAGAAGAAUAACAGAGGAUGGACUCACUGGAUAGAUGGAGACACUCUCUAUCUGGAACUUCAGUGUGAAGAGCAGAUUUGCAAGCAAACAUACAAGAGGACUGCUUGACUUACAGCGGAGAGACAAGUUACAGGACAACUCAUUUAUGCCUGUAUUUCAUCUGCUGUGGACUGUGCUGUAUGUGAUUGCUUGUGUUUCUAUAAAUCUGCUCAAUGAACUGAAUGUGUGGAGGUGCUUCAGUGCUUAAACUGAUUUUGUGAAAUCAUGGCUGAAUUAUUGUUGAGUAUGCUGUUGUAUUAAACGGGCACAGACUUCGAUUCACCCA